CCCGAGGCGCUGUUUGAGAUGCCGUCCAGAUCCCGGUUCUGACUUGGCAGUACAAUGCCUUCCUUACCAAGACUCCGGUAUUGAUAGUACGUGUGGAUGCUGGCUGACUGAUUGAUAAAAGAACCGGUGGGUUCCCGACGGGGAAGCAAACGCCGCCAUCAGAGGGUGGUUCACCACCCAUGUCCCGAUGACGGGGCAUCUUGUAAGGCCGAGCACAAGACCGCUGUGAUAUUGCAUGCAUGUAUCUCUAUAUCUGUAGGAUUCAAAAAAUAUUGAUCUUGCGUAGCCUGUUCAAUACUACAAUUUUUCCCAAAGACAUUUGCUACCGCCCGUAUAUUUUGAAUUCGAAACAAUACAACUGUAGUACUACCUUUUAUUAUUACAUACCCUUUUUUUUCUCCAGAAAGUAUGAACGACCCAAUCGCCGACGCAAAAGCCCAAGAGGCAACACACAACUAUGAAUUCCGCAUCGCAACACGCGACGACAUUCCCGCGCUCCAACAAAUGAUAGGCGAUUCCCUUCGCGCCCUAGGCAAAGGAUACUACACGCAAGCCGAGCUCGACGGCUCAAUAGGCUACCUCUUCGGCCCCGAUUCAGUCUUAAUCCACGAUCAAACAUACUACAUCCUCCACCCCGUCUCCCAGCCACACACUAUCUGCGCCUGCGGUGGCUGGUCCUUCCGCAAAACACUGUACGGCGGCGACUCUGCGCCCUCUGUGCUGCGCAUGCCCGCGAAGCGCGACCCAUCUGUCGACCGCGCCAGCAUCCGCGCCAUCUUCACCGCGCCCGCCUAUGCGCGCCGCGGCCUCGGCACAAUGAUGAUGCGGCACUGCGAGCGCGCGGCGCAAGCAGGCAAACCGGGCGAGACGCCGGGUUUCUCGCGCUUGGAAAUGGGGGCUACGCUAAGCGGCGUUGCGCUGUAUGAGCGGUGCGGCUAUGUAAGGAGUGGGCGUGAGGACGUGGUCACGUGUCCGAAUGGGGAGGGGAUUCGCAUUUUGCACAUGACCAAGGACUUGGAGGGUGAUAAUGCGCCGUGAAGGUGUGUGCCCCCCGGGAUUGGGGAGGGGAGGGGGGGUUAGAGAGAAUGCGGUUAACGGUCUGGUGGAGAUGAUGGGAGGAAUACUUACUGUGUAGGGAAAAGGGUAAUGCAGCGCGGUUAGGCGUGCGACCUUGCGACCUGCGACCGUUUU